AUGGGUGACUCGAGGCGGUUUCGACUACCACAAGGAGCCCCUGCCGUUGGAUUGGCGCCACGAUGGACUCACCGUGCCAUGGCGACGACGCGCGCGUCGUGGGCGACUAUCCUCCUGGCCUCGUUGGGCCUGGUGGUGGCCGCCUCCGGCGGUAUCGGCGGCGGCGGGAUUCUGGUGCCGCUCUUCAUGCUGGCGCUGGACGCCAUCGAUGGAUUUGUUGGGGAGUUCAAACCCAAGCACGCCAUCGCACUCUCCAACUUCACCAUCCUGGGGGGGGCCAUCGCCAAUACCCUGGCGAACCUCAGGAGAAAGCAUCCUGAUCGCGAUGGGCCCAUCAUCGAUUGGGAUUUGAUUCUAGCGAUGGAACCGUUGACGAUCUUCGGAGCGGUCUUUGGUUCGUUGCUGUCAAAGAUUCUGCCGAACUUCGUGUUGACCACCAUGCUCGUGAUCAUCUUGGCCAUGAUCGGUCAACGCACCCUGACCAAGGGCUGGAGCAUGUUCCGGGAGGAAAGCCGCACGCUGCGGCGUUCCGCCGGGAUGGAGUUGGAGAUGAGUCCGAGAGCAACCUUAGCAGAACCUGAGGACAUUCAGGACUACAUGGCGUUUCAGUCCGACAGCGAGUCGGCUGUCACUGGCCCCUCGCGCUCGGGACGGUCGGGCCCGGCGACGCCGGGAUCUUCCAGGCUCUGCUGCAAAAUUGGCGCCCUGACCUUGUGCUUCGUUGGGACUUGCGCCUUGACCCUGCUGAAGGGUGGUGGUCGCAUGGCCUCCCCCUUCGGCUUCGAGUGUGGCUCCGUGGGUUUCUGGCUGCUGUACUUCGGCGCAGUGCCGUGGGUGCUGGCGUUCGCCUUUGGCUUUAGGCAACUGCUUGUGUCAGAGUUUGAACAGAAAGUCCAGCAGGGCUACUCUUUCGCUGCUGGUGAGGUCCGCUGGGAUUCCCGGAACACCGUGCUGUAUCCCUUGCUCUGUGCCAUUGCCGGCCUGUUGGCGGGCCUCUUUGGCGUGGGCGGCGGCAUCGUGAAGGGUCCACUGAUGUUGGAGAUGGGCAUCACGCCGUCCGUGGCCAGCGCCUCAGCGGCUGCCAUGAUCUUGUACACCUCAGCGGCGGCCAGCACCUCGUUUCUGGUCUUUGGUUUGCUGCACCCAUACUACGGCGCCAUUUUUUUCUGUCUGGGCGUCGUUUGCACAGCUCUGGGCCAAUACGUGGUGGGACGGUGGGUUCAUAAGCAAAACCGCCAGAGCCCCAUCGUGCUUUCCAUUGGCACGGUGAUCCUGCUCUCCUCGGUUUUCGUCUUGAUCAACACCGUGGUGCUCUCCGAGGGCAAAAGCCAUGCGGAGCUCUUUGCCUUUCACGGCGUCUGCGACAACACGGCGUAG